AUGAUAUACUAUAUCGUGGAAAUUUUUGUCAGGGUUGCUUCCUACAAUGCAGGAAGUUAUGCCAGUGUGAAACACAAAUAUUGUGUUAUGCACUUAUGGAGGAAUUUCUCAAAGCAGUGGAAAGAUAAAGAGUUAAGAGGCCUAGUCUGGAAGUGUGCACAAUCUACUACUGAAGCAGAAUUUAAGUUAAGUCUGGAAAAGGAGAAACUUGAAUUCAACAAGUGGAUUGCAAACUGGGUUGGUGAUCCUGAUGGAACUAGAUUUGAGGACUGCCUUGUAGGCAUGCGAUUGCUACCAUUAGAUACAAUAACCACAUACCAGAGAACUAUAGUGAUGUUCCAUGAAAGUUGUAACUUAUUUGCCUUCAAAUUACAGUUUUCCCGUGACACAACACAAGCGCUUCCAAUGGAGACAACACCAGAACGCAACCUUCACUUUGUGUUCAUCCCCUUGAUGUUGUCAGGUUGCAUGCGUCCUUUGGUAGACAUGGCCAAAUUAAUGGCACGACGCAAAGUAAAAGUUACCAUAGUCACCACAGCCCGCUAUGCAGUCCAAUUCAAAGCCAGCAUCGACAGAGAGAUCCAAUCUGGGUCAUCAAUCCAAAUUCAACUAGUUACAUUUCCCAAUGCAGAGGUUGGAGUACCAGAGGGGUUUGAAAACAUACAACUACCUUCUAUAGAUUUGAAGGAGAAACUUUUCACAGCUUUAAGCAUGUUGCAGCCGCAACUAGAAGAGCUUCUUAAAAAGCUAAACCCCUUUCCAUGUUGCAUUAUACAUGACAAGCACAUUUUUUGUGUUGCUGACAUCGCAGUCAAGUUAAAAGUCCCAAGAAUAACAUAUGAUAGGACUAAUUGUUUCAAUCUCUUGUGCAAUCACAACUUGCUAACUUAUAAGGUCUAUGAGACUGUCUCUUCAGAUUCAGAUGAAAUUAUUAUCCCCGGAUUACCCCAUAGAAUUGAAAUGAGGAAAUGUAGGUUGCCCACAGUAUCCAAGCCUUACUCGCCUAACUCGAGCCAAAAGAUGGAUGUUGUACGUGAGAGAAUAAGGGGAUCUGAAGCAGAGGCAUAUGGGAUAGUGGUGAAUAGUUUUGAAGAGUUUGAAGCUGAAUAUGUUGAAGAGUAUCAAAGGGUUACAGGGCAUAAGGUAUGGUGUGUUGGUCCUUUAUCACUAACAAACAAGGAUGAUUGGGACAAAGUUGGGAGAGUUAGUAAAAGCCCAAAUGCUAGUGAAAUUGAAACCAACCAAUAUAUGAAGUGGCUUAGUUCAUGGCCACAAAGCUCAGUAAUUUAUGUUGGUAGCUUUUGUCCAGUAGAACCUAAGGUUUUGAUAGAGAUUGGUUUAGGAUUGGAAGCAACAAAAAGACCAUUCAUUUGGGAUCUCAAAGGAAUAUAUAGGAGAGAUGAAAUGGAAAGGUGGUUGUCAGAAGAAAGAUUUGAAGUGAGGGUCAAAGAUAAAGGAAUUUUGAUUCGGGAUAACUGGUUGCCACAAGUGUCGAUAUUGUCACAUAGAGCAGUUGGAGCGUUCUUCACACACGCUGGAUGGAUAUCCACAUUGGAUGCCAUUUGUGCUGGUGUGCCUUUGGUGAUAUUACCUGUGUCUGCUGUUGAAAUGUUUUACAAUGAGAAGCUUCUUUCUCAAGUGGCUGAGAUUGGUGUGACGAUGAGAACUGAAAUUGCUAUUCACUGUGGAGGGAAAGAUAAGUAUGGAGAAUGUGUUCGAGAGGUGAAAAAGGACAGUGUUAAAGAGGCCAUAGAGAAAGUGAUGCGUAAAGGUGGAGAUCAUGAAAAAAGAAGAGAAAAAGCUAAAAAGUACGCAGACAUGGCAAAGAAAACCAUAGAAGAAGGAGGUUCGUCUUACCAUAAUAUGUCUAUGUUGAUUGAUGACAUAGUGCAUGCCCAAUCGCUGAAUCAAAGUUAAGCCACAAUGGAGACAGAAUGCAUUUGGUAUUGGAAGCUUGUCUAGAAAUCCAUUCAAUGAUUCCUUGUUUUGUGGCAUUGUUUGUAAUAAAUAUGGAAUCCUUAUGUCUUUUAAUGUUUGGAGCAUAAACAUGAGAUAAUAUUUUUUAGCAACUUUGUUUUACCUUUCAAAAAAAUGCAACUUUAUUUGAUACUCUUUA